UUCGAAAGCGGGGCGGAGAAACUAUGCCGCCGGCUUUGGGGGCUACGUACGCCGCAGGCGCUGGCCUGCUGGGGGCGCUGGCUGCCUGCUCAGCCAAGCUGGCCUUAGGCACUGAUUAUUUGUGGGCUGCCUGCGGUGCUGUCCUCGGGGGAGAGGAGACCGCCGUGGAAGCCUGCGCCUGGGUACCCGUGAUACUUCGAGUAGCUUGUGGUGCUCUAGUGUUUGUGUUCAAUGCCAUAAUGUGGACAUUCUUUGCUAAAGCUUUAAGAUAUUCCUCCUCCUCGGCUGCAGUAACUGUGACAUCAACAGCAUCCAACUUCAUCUUUUCAGCCUUUUUUGGAAGGUGGUUGUUUGGAGAAAUUCAUGCCCUGUUAUGGUGGGUUGGAAUAUCCAUUUCCCUCCUGGGACUUCUGUUGCUUCACACUGCACCAUCUCUACCAGAACAGCAAAUCUCUCUGAAGGAGAAAAAGAAAUAGAAUGCAACAGGCUUUUAAUUCAUAACACAGGGAAGGAAUAAACAAAUAAAGUGGGACUCCAAGUUUGGUGGAAAUAUAGUAUUGUUAUGGAUGUACUUAUAGCAGAUUUCUGUGAUGCUAUUUCUGUGGGGUACUUCGAUUCCGAGAAUAUCUUUCCAGAAAAUGUAGUUAUCAAUUAAUGAGGGAGGGUUCAGCUUUCUGAAUCUGGAACUAUUAUCAUGCUUACCUAUUGUCAAGUAUUAAAUACUGGAAACCAACAAAUGGUGUUAGUUUUCUGGCUUGAACAACUUUGGAAUAUACAUAUAUAGCACCUUUGGUUAGAUGGACAGUAUUAGAUCAAAAUAUACUAGAACUCUAGUAUCUCUAGAAACAAUUGUGUCAGAAAGUUAUGGAAUGUGAUGUCCAAUAAAUGAAGAGUUCACUCCUUUUCUCAUGCUAAAUUGACUGUAUGGGGAAACCCAACUCUGAAAAUUGGGAAAAAGAUGGUGAUAUGGAAAAAUUGGAUGGAGGUGGGGAUAUUGACUUUGGACCAACUGAUAGAUAAGGAAAAUGAAUGUUUAACAUACACUAUGUUAAGAGAUAAAUAUCAACUAUCAGAUGAAGCCCAAUGGCAAUAUUUACAACUACAACAUUUGUUAAA